AUUGACAUGCCGAGCUGGCUAAAGAAACCUAAACUCUUACUUGCCUUCUUGUCACAGCAUUUCUUGAGGUAAGUAGCAAGAGUUCGCUGCUCCAACACUUGUUACAACCGUCAACCGAGACUGAUGUAUCUAAACAAUGCAAAAAAAAGCUGAAAUAUUGUCAACAGAAUGAAGACAGAAACAUAAACAAAUCUGGAACUGCGAAAACUAUGAAAUAUUGAUUUUGGUCUCUAAAAUUUUUGAAAGGAUUUUAUAUAGAUAAGUGUCUCUAAAAUUAUUUUUAAAAAGUUUUUUUUUUUACAAAAGUUAAAAAAAAAAACAUUUUAGGCCCCUAAAUUUUAGAUUUGGCCAAAGCUUUGCACUGUUAGAAGAAAAACAAAUCUAAUAGAUUUUACGUUGUAAACCUUCAAGUUUAUUUUUAUAUUUUGUUGGAAUUAUCAAAUAAGCCCCUAUUCUUUGUUGUCUGUUUCUUUCUUAACCCGAAUAAUUUAGUCGCUUCGACGAGAACUCACCUUUAGAAGCUUGAACCCUAAACCCCUCUCCCGAUCCAGUUUCAGCGUAGAAUCCGGACCUGGUUCGGUGCCUUUGUCGAGACAUGAGAUGGCUGAGAUAUCUAAACCAAUGGCGUGGAACCGCGAAGGAAGCAUUCGAGCAAGUAUCAAUUGUAGCCAAGUUUCUCUGUUUGAUCCACGUCACCGAUCGUUACAUAAUCUCAUCAACCCAUGUUCAAGGUCCUAGCAUGCUUCCGACGCUUAACCUCACGGGGGAUGUCAUUUUAGCGGAACAUUUAUCGCACCGGUUCGGUAAGAUUGGUCUCGGUGACAUUGUGUUGGUUCGAUCUCCGACUGACCCGACUAGGAUGGUGACGAAGAGGAUCUUGGGUUUAGAAGGGCAUAGACUCUCUUUCUCUGCGGAUCCUUUGGUUGGUGAUAGCUCCGUCAGCGUUGUGGUUCCAAAAGGCCAUGUUUGGAUUCAGGGAGAUAACUUGUAUGCUUCAACUGAUUCACGUAAUUUCGGACCUGUACCUUACAAUCUCAUCGAAGGCAAAGCUCUUCUGCGUGUCUGGCCACCACGGUUCUUUGGGUCAUUGAGGUGACGAUCACAAUCCGGGUUGUUUCCCUUUCAGUUGUUUUUGCAGUAGGAUGUGUGUAACUCCAGCGGUUUUAUUGCAAUGUUGAUCAUACUCAUUAGAGUAAUGUUAUGUAUCAAUCGGAUUUAGAUAAAGCCACAGAAGUGGGAUAAAUAUUAGAGGAAGCCAUGGACCUGACUUUGUUUUAUACCUGAAGCUACGUUAAGAUUCAUUUUGUAAGAUCUAAAAAGUUGGUGAGAUUUUGGUUGAUAAUUGGCAUUGAGCCAAGUUUUAGAUU